AUGUCGUACUACCAUCAGCAACGAGAACUCGAACCGUGCCUUGCUCGUCUUGGAAUGAUGCCUGAAGACAAACCCUCAUUUGUUAGGGAGGUUCAUGAGGUAGAGGACAUGGACACUCUGAGACACAUGGUCAUUCGAAAAGAAAGAGAACGCCAGAGUAUAGCGAAUGAUCUAGACGUAGCCGCACGAUUAGGCCUAGUUAUAUCCGAGACGAAUGAAGCAAUACAGAUCAAGCUCGCGCAGCUUGAACGAGAGAAUCAGAUGCUCCACGAUGAGCUCCGGAUACGAAAGACAAGCACAGGAGGAAAUUCCUCGGAGAAUGGCCAUCAAUACAAUGAAGAUCUCGAACGGAUUGACGGAAAUGGGUUCAUCUCAUCACAAGCCAUGGAGGAAGAACAAAUCUACCUGACACAGGAGCUUGAACAGGCGAGAAGAGAGUUGACCAAAUUCAGAAGAGAAAUGGAUGGCUUGUCUGCUCAGCUGAAUGAUAUGGCUUCUGAAAUGGUAGACUCUCGGGCCAGAGUUGGCAUGUAUGCAAAACGAUUAGCCGAAGUGGAGCAUAAGCUAGCAACUACACGAGAAGUCAACGCAAAUCUGCAGCUGUUGCUCGAAAGAGCAUUGACAAAUCAAAAGCAAUCUAGCUCUACAACAUCUCAUUUAGUAAAGAGUAUCCAGAUGGACUUGACAAGGGUUGUCGCAGAAAACGAUAAAUUACGAGCACGCAUUGCUGAACUGGAGCAUCAGCAGUUGGAGUGCGAAGAACGCAUUACCACAAUGGUAACACAGGCACAAGAAUAUGCUUCUCUUCUUGAACAAGCCCAGGACACGAUCCACAGCCUGAGCGAGCCGCGGUUAUCUGAUGAUGACACUUUAAGCAAUGCGAUGUCGACGGUGUCUGUGUCAUCCCAAGGAGAUGGGGGCGCCAAGGAGACCGAGAUUACAAAGGGACCAGUAUUCUCUGCAGAGUUCCGACAAGAGAUGCAAAAGGAAAUCGAGAGAAACCUCGCACUACGCAACGAACUCCGUCAUCGCAUUAUUACCCAUGAUUCAGUUAGUUCUGAUAAGAAGAAGACUCAAGAAGGUCUUAAAUAUCUAUUGUCCGAGCGUGACAGUGGUCUCACCAGUCUGUCACCCAGCUCAAGCUCCCACACAACUUCAUCGUUCUUGUCAAACAUGCCCAAAUUAAGAGACCAAACUGAGGAAGACAUGUAUGCCUCCCAGAACUCAUCUGUAGCAAGCACGCCUGGUUCUGUUACAGCCACAAUGAAUGCCCUGAGACCUGCCAACUUUUUAACAGGAUUCAACAGCUUCGGCUCAGAAUCUAGCAUUGGAAUGGGAAAUAUGGGUACUUCUAGCUUUAUCACUCGAACCAUGCCUCCACGUAUAUUCACAGCCUCACGAAAUGGCCAAGAACCGAGCAUCAGUACACGCUUCUUCCAAAGACUUGCUACUCGUCUGGAUCAAUAUGACAAGAAGCCUGACAGAUCCUAA